CACUUUUUGCGCGACUCGGAAGACAUCACCCUCCAUACCUUGACCUUCCGGCGUUCGACCAUCUUCAUCGCAUCAUCUACAAUGGCUUCCAAGGCUGCUCCGGCGACAGGCGCCCGUCCCAAUCACACCUUGUACUGCUCAAACUUGCCCGACAAGCUCCAGAAGGAUGACCUCAAGCGCGCCUUGUACAUGCUCUUCUCCGUCUAUGGAUCCAUCCUCGAUAUUGUCGCCAUGAAGACCAGUAAGAUGCGUGGCCAGGCCCACAUCUUGUUUCGCGAUGUCUCGUCUAGCACGCAAGCCAUGCGAUCUUUGCAAGGCUUUGAGUUCUUUGGCAAGGAGAUGAAAAUCACAUAUGCAGCCACAAAGUCUGACACCCUCGCAAAACUUGACGGCACCUACAAGCAGCCCCCUCCACCAGAAGCCCCUGCCGCAGCCCAGCCAAACAGUCUACAGCAGUCAAUCUUCUCUGGUGCUCCUGGUGCUUCGACCGCGCCCGGUGCCACUGCCCCGUUGGCCCCACCUCCAACGCUCGACUCUGCCGCCGGUGCGCCUGCCCAGACUGCUGGCGUGAAACGACCAAGGGAUGAGAGCGACGAUGAGAAAGAAGAGGAGGCCCCUAUGGAUAUGGACGACGAAGCCAUGGAAGAGAGUGACUCGGAGUAAAUGCGCUCAAUCAUGCACGGCGCAAGUCUGUGCUCGACACAUUCAAUCCUACACUUGCUCCAACGAUACCCAGCCAAACAAGCAUAUAAUCCUGGAUCUGGACACCAGCUGUUCCUGUGGCACACAUUGUAUCUGCAGUACGACACGGAUGUACAAAGUAUGCGGGCAUGCCAGUGUUGGGAUGGUCCUGCCAGUACAAGUCAGCGCGAGAAGCUGGCUCUGCAGCGUAUGCAAUUACCGUCAUUGACAAGGCUCCCAUAACGCCCGUUUCGCGCAUAGCGUCUUGGAAGUGAUGCGGCACGACAAGGUCAAAGAAGUGGGAGACAGGCAGCGGAGGGCUGGCCGUCAUGUAGACAACCGGUACUCUGUAGCUGGGAGAUAGCAAGACAUCAUAUUGUACAGUGACAAUCGUCUCGCU